AUGGCGGGCCCCAUUUUGGAGAAGGAGGGAAGACAAAGGUCUUUGAAGGAGCAGCAGCGAAAACCCGAAGAUGAGGACUCCGAGGACAACCAGUCCCAGACCUCCGAGAGCACUGGCGCGGAGGCCGAAGCCCGCGGGCUGCUGCAGUACGGCAAAAGGGCCAAACAACUUUCUUGGGGGGUUUUGCUGGCUUACGCGGCGCCCAUGAUAGGCGCGGGGGGAAUGAACUUCACUCUCACCACUUUUGCUGCUUACUUCUACACAGAUACCAUGGGCCUGCCCCCCGGUAAACCCUAA